AUGGAAUAUGAUCAAAAAUACCCCAGACAUUUACAAGUUCGAGAUUUCAUAAGUUCAUCAGUUACAAUUGGAGAAUUUAAAGGAUUUGCUGGAAAUUUUUCAAAAGAUAUAAUUGAAAGAUUGAAAAGGUGUCCCUUAGUACAAGAUAUUUCAGAAGACCACAUAUUCAAAGCAUGGGAUUACCAAAUGCAAGCAGAUGCACCAAGACAUUUAGCAAGGAUAAGUAGAAGAAAAAGAAUGAAACCAAAUAAACAAUAUCCUUAUAUAUAUGAUAAUAAAUUCAUGGGACAAGGUGUAAACGCAUAUGUUAUUGAUUCUGGCGUUGAAGUAAAUCAUCCAGAAUUCGGAGGCAGAGCUUCUUUAGGUCAUGACUUUACUAAUGAAGGUCUGGGUGACUCAAAUGGACAUGGGACACAUGUGGCUGGGUUAAUUGGAUCAGCUACUUAUGGAGUUGCUAAAAAUGUAAAUAUUGUUGAAGUUAAAGCAUUAAAUAGUAAAGGUGCAGGUUCAUUAAGUACAAUUUUAUCAGCAAUUGAUUUUACUGUUAAUCAUAGAAUAGAGUCAGGUAAAAAGGGAGUUGCUAAUUUAUCAUUGGGAGCUUAUAAGAAUCAUGUAUUAAAUAAAGCUAUCGAACAAGCUACAAAAAACGGUUUGUUGUUUGUUGUAGCUGCUGGAAAUUCAAAUAUUAAUGCAUGUAUGACUAGUCCAGCUAGUUCAAAAUUUGCAAUAACGGUUGGUGCAAUAGAUGAUUAUAAUGAUUCAGUAGCUGGCUUCUCAAAUUGGGGAGAAUGUGUAGAUUUAUUUGCAAGCGGUGCAUACGUUAAAAGUGUUGAUGCAAAAAAUCAUGAUAAAUCACAAGUAUUAUCGGGUACAUCAAUGGCUUCACCAAUAGUUACUGGUUUAGUUGCAAAUUUAUUAAGUGAAGGAGUUGAUCCACAAAUGAUCAAACCAACAUUGUUAAAAAUGGCUGCAAAGAAUAGAAUUACUAAAUCAUCCUUAUUUUUAAGAAAACAUACUCCAAAUAGGAUAGUUUAUAACGGAGUGAAAGAGAAAGCUAUUAUGGCCGAAGCAGCAAAAUAUUAUGAAGAUGAUGACGAAGAUGAUGAGUAUGAGAAAUAA